AAAUUUGUAGAAGAACAGGCAUGUUUUGGUUAAUAGCUGAGAAGUGUUGAAGGAUAAAACUAUGUCAGAUUUAUUAGUUGGAACCAAUUAUUGAUUGCCUCAGUGUAAUUGCUGCCGCCAUCCUGGUUUUAGCACUUCACAGUCGUGAAAAUCGAAGGAAAUUACCGUGACUGUUUCUAUAUUAAGUAGAAAUAAUCGAAGGAUUAAAUUAACAGUUGUGUCUUCUUCUUUUGCUGCUUCUUCUUUGCUGUGUCUUCUCUGAGUUUCACUCACAUAAGCAGAAAGAAGGAAGAAGACGGGUGAGGUGGGAGAGAACUGAAGGGCAACAUGCCCCCAAGUUUCUUUUUUCCGGCGUUCGGAAAGCAGAGCAGCAAGGGAGGAGGAACCCCAUUGGUUGUCACAAUGGAGAACCCCAACAACUUCUCCUUGGUAGACAUCACUCCGCCACCACCACCAACGGCAAACUCCUCUGAGAAGGAGAAGCAGAGAGCGAAGAACAUGAGGCAAUUCAGAUGGGUUUUCUUGCUAAAGGUCCACAUGGCAUUUUCUGUCCUCUGUUGGGUCUUUUCUGCUGCUUUCAGCAGGCUCUCAGCUGCAAAAAGGCGCCUGCUUUCUAGUGGGGAUGAGAGGCCCGGCUACAGAGGUAGGCUGUUGAGGUUCAUUAGAGGCUUCUUGGUAGCGGCAAUGGUGAUUCUUGGCUUUGAGUUGGUUGCUCACUUCAAAGGGUGGUACGGGCACAAUCUGAGGGUGAUUAGGCCCUCUGAGAUUGAAAGUUUCUUGCAUUGGGCUUAUCUUCAGUGGUUGGCCUUCAGGGCAGACUACAUCGCAAGACCCAUCAAGUUACUCUCAGAUUUCUGCGUAGUUCUGUUCAUGAUUCAGUCUGUGGAUAGGUUUGUCCUCUGUCUUGGUUGCUUCUGGAUCAAGUUGAAGAAAAUUAAACCAAGGAUUGAAGAAGAGGGCGUAAUUGGAUCUGGAGAUGUUGAAGCUCAAGUAUCAAAUUUUCCGAUGGUUCUUGUUCAGAUCCCAAUGUGUAAUGAGAGAGAGGUAUACGAGCAAUCAAUAUCAGCUGUUUGUCAUUUGGAUUGGCCAAAAGACAGACUGCUAAUACAGAUUUUAGACGAUUCAGAUGACGAAAGCGUGCAGCUGCUAAUAAAAAACGAAGUGUCAAAGUGGAGCAAGAAAGGAGUGAACAUACUGUAUCGCCAUCGAUUCAUCCGGACUGGUUAUAAAGCCGGCAACCUCAAGUCUGCAAUGGCCUGUGAUUAUGUCAAGGACUACGAAUUUGUCGCAAUUUUUGACGCAGAUUUCCAGCCCUAUCCUGAUUUUCUCAAACAGACUGUACCACAUUUCAAGGGCAACCCUGAGCUGGCUCUUGUUCAAGCUAGGUGGUCAUUUGUGAACAAAGAUGAAAACCUGCUUACCAGGCUUCAAUACAUCAACCUCUCUUUUCAUUUUGAGGUGGAGCAGCAAGUGAAUGGCGUUUUCCUCAACUUCUUUGGAUUCAAUGGGACUGCUGGUGUGUGGCGUAUCAAGGCUCUUGAGGAAUCAGGUGGUUGGCUUGAGCGUACGACUGUGGAGGAUAUGGAUAUAGCUAUUCGUGCUCAUCUGAAAGGAUGGAAGUUCAUCUUUCUUAAUGACGUUAAGGUCCUCUGUGAACUUCCGGAAUCUUUUGAAGCAUACCGCAAGCAGCAGCAUCGUUGGCAUUCAGGUCCCAUGCAGCUUUUUCGGCUAUGUCUUCCUGAUAUCAUCGCUUCUAAGAUAUCAUUCUGGAAGAAAACCAACCUCAUAUUCCUUUUCUUUCUACUGAGAAAGCUGAUUCUCCCAUUUUAUUCUUUCACCCUCUUCUGCAUUAUUCUUCCUUUGACAAUGUUCAUACCGGAGGCUGAGUUGCCAAUAUGGGUUAUCUGUUACAUUCCGGUUUUCAUGUCACUCUUGAACAUUCUACCAGCUCUGAGAUCAUUUCCUUUUAUAGUACCUUAUCUGCUGUUCGAGAACACCAUGUCUGUGACAAAAUUCAACGCCAUGGUCUCUGGACUGUUCCAACUAGGAAGUGCUUAUGAAUGGGUUGUUACAAAGAAGACUGGAAGAUCAUCAGAAACAGAUUUAUUAGCAGUUGCAGAGAGGGAAUCGGCAAUCUUGAAACAGCAAAAACUCCACAGACAGGCUUCAGAAUCUGGUCUAGACCUGUUAAACAAAUUGAAAGCACAGGAAGGAGCUCCCACGAAAAAGAAAUCCAAUCACAUAUACCAUAAGGAGCUAGCACUAGCUUUCCUUCUCCUCACGGCAGCCGCGAGGAGUCUCCUGUCUGCUCAAGGCAUCCAUUUUUAUUUCCUUUUGUUCCAAGGAGUUACAUUCCUGGUCGUCGGUUUGGACUUAAUUGGUGAGCAAAUAAGUUGAUAGAUCUAAAAGAUAAGCAGAGCCCGUUCCUUCAAGAUGCUGAGAACCUAAGAAGAUCAAUGCUUCAUCAGGAGAACAAAAGUGUGAAAAAUAUGAAUGAAUUUUCAACUCCAGCAGGCAUUUAAGUUCACGUUAGGCAAGACAAAUCACAGUGAUAUGAAGAGUUGUUCCAGUGACUACAGCUAAAUAUCUUUCUCCAGACAAUUGGUCUAGUGGGAUAUCUUGUUUAUUCCGGAAGAACAGAGCAGAUGCAGCUUGAGGCCUAUUUCAACACCGGGAGUCAUUUGAGGACUAAGUGACGUGUGUCUCUACUCCUUGAAUGCGAAAAUAUUAUACAGAUUCAUGUUUAUUUUGCUUGUUAAUGCAAUAAUAAUGAUGAUAUAUAACUUACUCAUUUAAUAUAAUUGAGAAAUAGUUUUCCGUCA